CAGGAUGAAAAGAUGGCCGACUUCUUGUUACAACCGGGUUCUAAUAGCUUCCACCGGUUCACGCUUGAAUCCUUGGCUGCUAUUGAGAAGCGAAUUGCAGAGAAACUUGCAAGGAAUGCCAAGCAGGAGUACAGAGAUCAGCCAGAUGAUGAAGAAAAGCCUCGGCCUCAGUUUGACUUACAAGCUUGCAAAAAGUUGCCUGGUAUCUAUGGGACUCUUCCUCCAGAGCUCAUUGGGGAACCACUGGAGGAUCUCGACCCUUACUACAGUGACCACAAGACAUUUAUAGUACUGAACAAAGGGAAGACAAUCUUUCGAUUUAGUGCCACUCCUGCCUUGUAUAUACUUAGUCCUUUCCAUCCAGUCCGAAGAGCAGCAAUUAAAAUUUUGGUACAUUCAUUGUUCAGUAUGUUUAUUAUGUGCACUAUUUUAACCAACUGUGUGUUCAUGGCACAAUCGGAGGUUCAAUCAUGGAAUAAAUAUGUUGAGUACACUUUCACUGGCAUUUACACUUUUGAAUCAUUGAUAAAAAUACUGGCAAGAGGAUUUUGUAUGACAGAAUUCACCUUCCUUCGAGAUCCAUGGAAUUGGCUGGAUUUCAGUGUCAUUGUUAUGGCAUACAUAACUGAAUUUGUGGACCUGGGCAAUGUCUCAGCCUUACGAACGUUCAGAGUUCUUCGGGCGCUGAAAACAAUCUCAGUCAUUUCAGGAUUGAAGACCAUCGUAGGUGCACUUAUCCAGUCUGUUAAGAAACUUGCUGAUGUGAUGAUCCUGACCGUUUUCUGCUUGAGUGUCUUUGCCCUUAUAGGCCUCCAGCUCUUUAUGGGCAAUUUGAGACAUAAGUGUGUCAGGAACUACACCGAAUUUAACUCUACCAAUGGCACAUUUUAUUCAGGCGUUCAGAAGUGGAAUUCCUUGGAUGAUUUUCUUAAUGAUCCAGAAAACUACUUCAUAAAAAAUGGCACUUCGGACGCACUACUCUGUGGCAACAGCUCAGACGCUGGCACCUGUCCAACGGGAUAUAGAUGCCUAAAGGCUGGUGAAAAUCCUGAUCAUGGCUAUACAAGCUUUGAUACUUUUGGCUGGGCCUUUCUCUCUUUGUUCCGCCUGAUGACACAGGAUUGCUGGGAGCGUCUCUAUCAACAGACUCUGAGAUCUGCUGGGAAGAUCUACAUGCUCUUUUUUAUGCUGGUCAUCUUUCUGGGCUCAUUUUAUCUGAUCAACUUGAUCCUGGCUGUAGUAGCCAUGGCUUAUGAAGAGCAGAACCAAGCCACUAUUGCUGAAACAGAGGCAAAGGAAAGGAAGUUUCGGGAAGCCAUGGAAAUGUUAAAGAAAGAGCAGGAGGCACUGGCUGCUAGAGGAAUUGAUUCAAUGUCACUUAGCUCAUUUGAAAUGUCACCUUUAGCAUCCAAAAAUGCCAAAGAGAGAAGAAAUAGGAGAACGAAAAAGAGGUCCUUGGGGGUAGAAGAUUAUGGGGAAGACCAAAAGGUUCCCAAAUCUGAGUAUGAUUGUGGUCAGCGAAGAAUGACUCUCCUUGACAUUAGCUAUGGUCCAAAUGCAAACUCAGUGAAGCGCAGAACCAGCCAUGGAAGUAUAUUCAGUUUCCGAUUCCGUGGCAGAGACAUUGGCUCCGAAACAGAUUUUGCCGACGAUGAGAUCAGCACUGCCGGGGAAAAUGAAAGCCAGCGUGGCUCACUCUUAAUUCCAAGGACUGGGAGACGUUCAAGCAUGCAAAGUCAAGCAAGCCAUAGCUCUCACCCUCCUACUCCAAACUACAUGCAGAAUGGCAAGAGGAACAGCUCAGUGGAUUGCAAUGGUGUGGUUUCCUUGAUAGGAGGAGGCACCGGGGCUCACAACCCAGAUGCAACGUCUCCUUCAGGGUUACUGCUGCCCCCAGUUAUUAUGGAAAACCCUGGGACAGGCGACGUGACCUCUCCAUCUGAUGAGGCAAGCAAAAAGCAGCUUUUGAUGCCCCAUCGCCUUUCAGUGGACCAUUGUGACCUGCCAUUUCAAAGACAACGAGCAGUGAGUGCAGUCAGUAUCAUUACCAGUGCCAUGGAAGAGCUUGAGGAAUCACAACAGCGAUGUCCUCCAUGCUGGAAUCAUUUUGCCGUUAAAUUUCUCAUUUGGGAUUGCUCUCCAUUGUGGUUGUUAAUCAAGAAACAUGUGAAGUUUGUGGUAAUGGAUCCAUUUACUGACCUCACGAUCACCCUUUGCAUUGUGAUGAAUACUCUCUUCAUGGCAUUGGAGCAUUACAAGAUGACGAAGGAGUUUGAUAACAUGCUUUACAUAGGCAAUCUGGUCUUCACUGGGAUUUUUACAGCAGAAAUGAUCUUCAAAAUAAUUGCCUUAGAUCCCUACUACUAUUUUCAGCAGGGCUGGAAUAUUUUUGACAGUAUAAUUGUUAUCCUAAGCCUAAUGGAACUGGGUUUAUCCAGCAUGGGAAAUCUGUCUGUUUUACGCUCAUUCAGAUUGCUGAGAGUCUUCAAAUUGGCAAAGUCCUGGCCAACCUUAAAUACUCUCAUUAAAAUCAUUGGUAACUCAGUGGGUGCCCUGGGUAACCUCACCCUGGUUCUGGCGAUCAUAGUCUUUAUUUUCGCUGUGGUAGGAAUGCAGCUUUUUGGAAAAGACUACUUAAUAAAAGUCAGCAAGAUAAGCCCUAAUAACAAUUUGCCCCGCUGGCACAUGAACGAUUUCUUCCAUUCAUUCCUUAUUAUAUUCCGAAUUCUCUGUGGAGAAUGGAUUGAAACCAUGUGGGAUUGUAUGGAAGUAGCUGGACAACCAUUGUGCCUUCUCGUCUUCUUGCUGGUCAUGGUGAUAGGAAACCUAGUGGUGCUCAACCUGUUCCUUGCCUUGCUACUGAGUUCUUUUUGUGCUGACAACCUUUCAGCACCGGAUGAAGAUGGAGAGAUGAACAAUCUACAGCUCGCUUUUGCUCGGAUCAACAGGGGGCUUCAGUAUGUGAAAAACACAACAUGGGAUUUCUGUUGUAAUUUACUUAGGCAUCCGAAGACGACAGCUGAAAAGAAGGCAAUGAUUAAACUUGCUGCCCAGAACACAGGUGUCCUUCACAACUAUGUGAAUAGCCAUACCACUGCAGAGAUUGGUAAAGAUGUGGAGAACCACAAAGAGAACCAUGUUGAUGAUGGGACUGACAAAAAUGGGCAGAAACUCCCAGUGAUUAGUGACAAUGAUGAUUUUCUGACCAACCCUGACCUGUCCAUCUGUGUUCCCAUUGCUGUGGGGGAGUCUGAUAUUGAAGAUCAAGAAGAUGAUGAGGAGCAGAGCACAUUCACAGAAAUGGAACAGCAGGAAAAACAGCUGCCACUAAAGGGGCAGCAAUGCAAAAGCCCAGGAGUCCGGAGUCAGACCUCUGAGAUUUGUGAAGAGUUAAGUGAGUUGUACGUGGAUAAGCAAUUGAAGGCUGAGCUGCCACCACCACCACCACCACCGCCACCACUACUACUAGGGCAAAAAGAGCUUGAUGAAAUCAGUCUCUCUGAAGGCAGCACAGUGGAUUUGGGAAAUUCUGCAGAGCUACUGGAACAGAUCCCUGAGCUGGCUGAUGAUUUAAUGGAACCUGAGAACUGUUUUCCAGAAGUCUGUGUCCGAUUCUUCCCUUGCUGUUCAGUGGACACCACAACAUUUUCAGGCAAAAUUUGGUGGAGGCUGAGGAAAACCUGCUACAGAAUAGUUGAACACAACUGGUUCGAAACUUUCAUCAUAUUCAUGAUCCUGCUGAGCAGCGGCACGCUGGCAUUUGAAGAUAUUUACCUUGAAGAGAGAAAAAACAUUAAAACCCUGUUGGAAUAUGCUGACAAAAUUUUCACUUACAUCUUUGUCCUGGAGAUGCUUCUGAAAUGGGUGGCUUAUGGCUUCAAGAAAUAUUUCACCAAUGCCUGGUGUUGGCUUGACUUCCUAAUUGUAGAUAUUUCAGUUGUUUGCCUGAUAGCAACAACUCUUGACUAUGACCAGCUGGGCGCUAUGAAAUCUCUCAGAACACUGAGGGCAUUGCGGCCCCUCCGAGCCCUAUCCAGAUUUGAGAGCAUAAGGGUGGUUGUGAAUGCCCUGUUAGGCGCCAUCCCUUCCAUCAUGAACGUUCUGCUCGUCUGCCUCAUUUUCUGGCUCAUUUUUAGCAUCAUGGGAGUGAACCUGUUUGCAGGAAAGUUUGGAAAAUGCAUUAACAAGACAGCAGGAGAUAUGCCUUUAGACUCUAAAGUUAUUAAUAACAUGAGCGAGUGCAUACUCUAUAACGUGACAGGCAAUUUUUACUGGACAAAAGUUAAAGUCAACUUUGAUAACGUUGGUGCUGGUUACCUGGCUCUUCUACAGGUGGCAACAUUUAAAGGUUGGAUGGACAUUAUGUAUGCAGCAGUAGAUUCACGAGGGCAACUUCAGCAAGAAACUUACAAAUGCAGGCCCACCCAAACUAAGUGUGAGGAUCAACCUGAAUGGGAAUAUAAUUUAUACAUGUACCUCUACUUUGUGAUUUUCAUCAUCUUCGGGUCUUUCUUCACAUUGAAUCUCUUCAUAGGCGUCAUUAUUGACAAUUUUAACCAACAAAAGAAAAAGAUAAGUGGGCAAGACAUCUUUAUGACAGAGGAACAGAAAAAGUAUUAUAAUGCAAUGAAAAAACUGGGCUCCAAGAAACCCCAAAAACCCAUCCCAAGGCCACUGAACAAAUACCAAGGUUUUAUCUUUGACGUAGUCACCAAACAAGCCUUUGAUGUCUCCAUCAUGAUUCUCAUCUGCCUUAACAUGGUCACCAUGAUGGUGGAAACAGAUGACCAGAGUCUAGAAAAAGUGAACAUCCUUCAUAAAAUCAACAUGCUCUUCGUUGCCAUCUUCACAGCAGAGUGCAGCAUCAAAAUGUUGGCUUUAAGACACUACUAUUUCACCAAUGGCUGGAACAUAUUUGAUUUUGUUGUUGUGAUUCUAUCCAUUGUGGGUACCGUGCUUUCUGACAUCAUUCAACAAUAUUUUUUCUCUCCUACACUCUUCAGAGUCAUUCGCUUGGCUCGGAUUGGCAGGGUCCUAAGACUUAUACGGGGAGCCAAAGGAAUUAGAACUCUCCUUUUUGCCUUAAUGAUGUCCCUUCCUGCUCUGUUCAACAUUGGUCUCCUUCUUUUUCUGGUCAUGUUUAUUUAUGCCAUUUUUGGAAUGGCUAAUUUUGCCUAUGUUAAAAAAGAGAAUGGGAUUGAUGACAUGUUCAACUUCCAAACCUUCGCUAACAGCAUGCUCUGUCUUUUCCAAAUUACAACCUCAGCUGGCUGGGAUGGUCUUCUCAAUCCUAUUUUAAACACUGGACCGCCAUAUUGUGAUCCGAACCUAAAAAAUGCAAAUGGUUCGAAGGGAGACUGUGGAAGCCCUGCUGUAGGGAUUCUAUUCUUUGUUACUUAUAUCAUUAUAUCAUUUCUCAUUGUUGUAAACAUGUACAUAGCCAUUAUUUUAGAGAACUUCAGCGUAGCCACUGAGGAAAGUACAGAGCCUCUAAGCGAAGAUGACUUUGAUAUGUUUUAUGAAAUCUGGGAGAGGUUUGAUCCUGAAGCGACUCAAUUUAUUGAGUAUUCUGUGCUUUCAGACUUUGCGGAUGCUCUGGCAGAACCUUUACGCAUAGCAAAACCAAACAAAAUUAAACUCAUAGCCAUGGACCUUCCCAUGGUCAGCGGAGAUAGGAUCCACUGCUUGGAUAUUUUAUUUGCUUUUACCAAACGGGUACUAGGAGAAACGGGGGAAAUGGAUGCCCUUAAAAUACAGAUGGAGGAAAAGUUUAUGGCUGCCAAUCCAUCUAAAAUUUCUUAUGAACCAAUCACAACCACACUCAGACGGAAACAAGAGGAGGUUUCUGCCAUUAUCAUCCAGAGGGCCUACAGGAGUCAUUUGUUUCAACGCUCCUUGAAGCAGGCCUCUUUCUUAUACCGUCAUCAGGCUUGUGAUGGCAACAUGCUUGAAGAUGAGGCACCUGAGAAAGACGGUCUCAUUGCAUUCAUGAUGAAUGAAAAUUAUGGUAGGCCAAUAGACAAAUCAGAAACUGUGUCCUCAACAUCUUUCCCUCCAUCCUAUGACAGUGUCACCAGAGCCACUAGUGACAACCUCCAGCUAAAGGUGACAGACUCUAGCAAAAGUGAUGAACCUGUAUAUUAUCUGCUAUCUCCAGACAGAGAUAAAGAAUCAAUUGUCUAA